UUCGCUUCGGUCUUUUAGUGCUAGCCUGCAGCGGUGCACUUCCCUAGUUAUAUUUCAUUAUAUGCCUGCGCCCUGAUGGCGUCACAUUGGUCCCAUGGUACUACCAUGGGAGCGAGGCAGAAUGUUAACGUGCAAGGUUUGACCAAGCAAAACAUUUUUCUACCGUUUCCUCAACCGUUUUUAACGAACUUAAGUUUCCCAAAAACACCACACUGGUGUUAGAACGGUUAAUAAGGAAGGGCACAAAAGUUGCACUGCGAGUUGGCAUCGCAAUCCGGAUGCGCGACAGCCAACUGAUCGUUCAGCAAAUCAACGGAUCCGGCAGGCACGGACCUUAGGGUCAAUCGGACACGUUGCUGUUUUAAUACCUGUGACACGGUGCUGGGAGUGGUCAAAUACGGUGGUAUCGUGUCCUGUGGCGCUUGUUAUUCAUCUCCAGAAUGUUCCAUACACGAGACCAUCUUGUAUUCCUCUUUGUCGUUGGAUGUCCAUGGUCAUCCAACACCCUGAUUUGCGCGUUAUCAAUUAUUGCUGAUCAGCGCGCCCUGCCACCCUUCGGCGCCCUGGAGUUGCAAGCGCCGUUCCCGGUAACCGUUCGCGUCGAUCCUGUUGGCCAAGAACGGAUUAUCAUCACCGCGCCGCCUGAACAAGCGUCCCACAUACGGCGGAUCCGAACGUUCGUUAACGGUGAUCAGCUGGUCAUUGUAUCCGGUUAUGAAAUGCAAUGUUUCGAGGCCGGCCCUACACAUGGACCAGUGACAAUCACCGUUAACAAAGCGUCCGUUACCAGCAUUACUGCUAGUUCCACAGGUCUGGGAUCAGUGAUUUGUCACAAUCAGCCGCAUCCUUUGCCGGACGUCCGCAUUCACGUGACCACCCGGCACAUCCGCGCCAUCAGCAUACCGAGCUACGGAUCCGUGACUGUCGAGCCGAGCUCUCCGGUCAGUACCCCCGACCUACAGCUGUCCGUCUCGGGGGCCGGCUCUAUCACAAUCCCCACCGCUUUCGCUAAUGGUAUCCAGGUGGCUCUCUCGGGCGCUGGGAGCAUCCGUCUGCCGGCUGUGCAAGCGGAUUUCGUGGGCACCAGCUUGUCGGGAACCGGACGAAUUAUCCUGGCCGGACAGACCCGGCAACUGAAUGUCGACCUCUCGGGCGUCGGUCAGCUGGAUGCCGGCAACCUCCUGGCGGGGAACGGCUACGUCAGUGCAUCCGGAAUUGGUAGAGCCAUCAUCAACGCCCUGUAUAGUCUUAGUGGGAGCGUUAGCGGUAUGGGAAGUGUGGGAUAUAAAGGUCAUCCCCGGGUCGAUAUUUCUAACAGUGGGUUCGGUCGAGUGUACCAGAUUUCAUAGAAAAGUGGUGCGUGUGCUACUUAAAACAAAUUUUGGAAUUUGGGCAUGUGAAACAGGAAACACGAAUUGCGUGAUAAUUUUGUACCGUUUUUUUGUACCGUUCCUUUAAUACUUUAUGUUGAUUGUUAGUCAAUAUUUAUCUUUGUCACCUGGCUCGAUUAUUCACAUUCUUAUUCCCCUGU